AUGGCUCGGACAAAGACCCAAAAAUUGUUAUCUGUUCGCCAAGACAAACAUUUCGUGUUCGCUAAAGUGGGAGACAACUUGACUCUGCAAUGCUUCUACGAAAGCGUUGUGGACGCACGGUUCUACUGGUACCGGCAAAAUCUGGGACAGAAGCCAAGGCUGGUCUCCACCUACUACAAGUACGAGACGAACGCCACGUUCCACCAUGAAUUCAGAAACAAUCCGCGCUUUAAGCUGGAGACCACUACAGGCAAAAAUCACUUGAAGAUAAGAGAUCUGAGGAUUUCAGACUCUGCAGUUUACUUCUGUGCUAGUAGCUACUUAUACAGGCUGGAUUUUGCUGAAGGCACAAUGGUGUAUGUAGAACAAACAGGUUCCAGGCUGCAAACUUCAGUUCAUCAGUCAGCACUGGAGACCCUCCGGCCCGUUGGCUCUGUGACCCUGAACUGUACGGUACAAACUGGGACCUGUGGCGGGGAGCACAGCGUUUACUGGUUUAAAACCUCUGAAUAUUCUGAGCCAGGACUCAUUCACAGCAAAGGGGGUGAGAACAAGCUGUGCAAGAACAAAUCCAGCGCUGAGACGCACAGCUGUGUGUACAAGCUGCCGAUUGGCAAACUGGACGCCUCCCAUGCUGGAACCUACUACUGUGCGGUUGCCUCAUGUGGACACAUUCUGUUCGGAAAAGGAACAAAGCUGGACUUAAAAGAUGCCAACAGUUUAGAGACUACUUUAUGGGCUGGAGCCUUUUCUUUCACCUCCCUGCUGAGUGUUUUACUGACGCUCUCACUGUGUGUGAUGCACAAGAAAAGGAGCUUCGAACGUUCAAAGUCUGUAAAAGGGUCAUCCCAUAAGCCAGAUGUGAAGGAUCCUUACAAUGGACAAACGGCGUAUUAUGCUGCUUUUUUUGCGCUGCGCAGUAGACCACAAAGGAGAAAGGAUCCCAUCUGGAGUGAAUGUGUUUACCACAGAGUGUAGUAGUAGAAUGGAACUAAAAAAAAUAAAUAAAUUCAGUCAAGUGCAGAAUUAAUUGAAGCCCUGACAGAUUUUGUUCUGACUAGAUUUCACAUCUGCACUUGGAAAUGACCCGGCCAGAAUCAUAACUUAGAUCUGACAGAGUCUGUGAAGUGAGUUGUAAUUAUUGAAGGAUGCUUUCUACUCUCGUAGACUCGUCACCAAUUAGUGAUAGAAAUCAACAAAUUACAAGUUGAAACAUGAAAAGAAAAAUAAAGAAUGAAACUGAUUUCAACACGCGUGUUUAAAAUUGACAUAGAACUAGAGUAACUGUUUUUAUUAAUUGAUUUUUUUUUUCAAUUAGAUCUGAGAGGACUUGCCAGAUGAGUUCAUUUCUUUGUGUUCAAUAUUCGUGUUUAUUCUUGUAUCCUGUUACUUAUGCUUCUUGGAUUUUGUUGUCUUAGAUUAGUACUGUUUGGGGUUUUUUUCUUGUGUUUUGUUUUUUGUCUGUCAGAGCUCUCCAGUGUUUUCCAGGCACAAAGUGCCAUUUUAUGGCAUAAUGAAGUAACUACGUUUCAUAGAAGACUAUGUUUUACAUCAAAUGCUAUGCUUAUCAAACGACUUAAACAAAAUCUUGCUUCUUAACGUAACGCCUUGAAAUUGGGCCUCUGUCUCUUUAAAAACUCCUGUUCUUUCCGAAACUCCGCCUUCAGGAAGUCACCGCAACAUGUCUCCCUUAUCAACCCAUUAACAGCUUUGUACUGAGAAAUAACAUCAUCGCAACAUGCUGUAAUGCUCAGAUACAUCCAGUCACCACCGAGCUGGAACCUUUUCUGAACGCGCUUAUAAUUCUAUGAAUUCUGAGUCUAUCAAUUUUUUGUUUUUGUUAUUUGUUUUAUCAACAUUAAGCUUGAAUGUAUCUGUUGGUUACAUAGACAUUGCAAAAAUACCAAAGAGAUGACUUUCAUGUUGUUUGUGAAUAAUUUCUGCAGCUUUGUUCUCAUUUUUA